ACUUGGAAGUCCAAGUUUAUGUUUUGUUACGUUUCGAAUGAAAGUGUUAAUUAUUAUCAUGAUACACAAGCAGAUGAUUCUUAGCUCUUAGCAGGAAUACGCAAACUGCAGUGCAGUGUUCAUGACGGUUUAUGCAAUACGUAUGACGGUAUUUAAAGAGCGCUCGUGAUAAAAAGCAACUAUACUAUCCUUUCAUUGAUUAACAAAUGCAGUUAUUAUCGGUAUUUUGUUUCUGCGCUGCUUAUUCUUUUGUGGAUAUUUCCUGCAAAAGCGUCUCGUUUUGGCCCCAGAACAAUGUCAUAAAACAAACCAGAAGUAGUUGUGAUUAUCGGGAACAGUGCUAUAACUGGGGUUCACUGCCUUUCGGUGGCGAUCAACUGAGCUGUGAUCUGGAUAGCGUCGAGCAGACCAAUGUUAACACCGCAAUACUGGACAAUUAUGCAUGUCCCGGCUGGUUUCGAUCAUAUCAGCUGUAUCCGUAUCAGUUUAAGAUUUUUCCCAACGAAAAAAGCGCAGAAAUCGAAAGCAGGAUUUAUUCCCAGUUUGCGCAGUCAAGGUGCUACAUCAAAGCUGGUUCCACCUCCUUCCAUCCUAACAGAAAAUCGGCCACUAUGAGGUCGGCUGCAUUUCGACCGAAUGGAUGCGUCAAACUCCAGACCACUUUCUGGUACCGGCUGUCAGCUACGCCGAUAUUCACUGGUGACCCCGACGAAGAUUACUUUCUGGAGUUGGUAGUGCAUCAUUCCGCGGAUGACGCGGAUGGGUUCAUCCCGACCUGGCAGAUCUGGGGAAGCGCAAUCGAUUACACAACCUUUCCUGGUCCAAAUAUAUGGACGCGGAUCCAAGCAGAAUAUGCAGCGGACGACCAGUUCACCAUUAAUUUUUAUGCGCAUCACGGCGACACCUGCAAUACAACAUUUAUAGAUUUAGACGGCAUCGACACCAAAAUAGCAGUCCCAUCAGCCCACUGUACAACAUCUAUAUCAGAAACCACUCCUGAACUUGAGGAGACCACACCUGGUCCCGAGGAAACAGAGCCUCAACCCGAGGAGACAACACCUGCGCCAGAAGGAACCACAAUUGUCUCAGAGGAGACAACAUCUGCUCCCGAGGAAACCACAACUGAACCUGAGGAAACUACACCCGCACCGGAAGAAACCACAAAUGUUCCAGCAGAGACCACAUCUGCUCCCGAGGAAACCACAACUGCACCUGAGGAAACUACACCCGCACCGGAAGAAACCACAAAUGUUCCAGCAGAGACCACAUCUGCUCCCGAGGAAACCACAACUGCACCUGAGGAAACUACACCCGCACCGGAAGAAACCACAAAUGUUCCAGCAGAGACCACAUCUGCUCCCGAGGAAACCACAACUGCACCUGAGGAAACUACACCCGCACCGGAAGAAACCACAAUUGUCCAAAAGGAAACCACAUCUCCUCCCGAAGAAAACACAACUGAACCUGAGGAAACUACACCCGCACCGGACACCACAAUUGUCCCAGAGGAGACCACAGCUGCUCCCGGGGAAACCAGUACCACACCUGCAUCUGAGGAGGCUACAACAAUAUCCGAAGAAACCUCGCUCGUCCCACAGGAAACCACGCUAGAACUAGAAGAAACGACAUCGGUGCCAGAAGAAACAACGACGCUAGCAGAGGAAAACACCCUUAAGACGGACAGUACCACGCCAACACCAGUUGUGGAAACGACACCUGAGCUAGUCGAAACUGCGCCUGCAUUGGAGGAAACGACACUAGAUCCAGAUGAAAUUACAGAUACAACGUCAGAGGAGACAACAUCCAACUCUACAGCCUUUUCAUACGAUUACUCCACGCCAACCGAUUCGACUACUGCUGCUUGUCCUAUUCAAAAUUCACCAUGUGGACAUGAAUGGGUGUCGUUGAGCUCUGCUACCGACAACAAAUUAAACUGCGGUUUUGGAAAAUCGCCGCAAGCUGCUACCGUGCCGAACAUCCGAUGGUGCAUAAAUUGGCAGAGGACGAUUCCGUGGUUAAACUUCGUAUAUGAUAUUGUUCCAUCGCCCACAAACGGGAAAGAUUUUCUUGCUGUCUCACGGUGCUCUCGUAGGAGCAGCUCACCAAUGAGGGAAGCUGCAGCAAUAAUACAUACACCGCCUGUGCAAGUCAAGGAAUGCGUGAUUUAUAACAUCAGCUUCAACUACAUGCUUGCCGCACCGCCAGAUUUCGACAACAAUUAUUUCUUCGACGUAAGAAUUGGCAGGCCAGGCAAAGCAGGAUCCCACCAAACAGCUCAGUUAUAUGGGGCAAACGUCAAGAUUAUCCGACCGAUUUCGGUAAUUUGACCAACCAGCUUCUCUUCAAUUCGACGACGUACACGGCCGCAGCAAACGAGAUCUUUAACGUUCACUUUAUUGCUCAUCACAAUGACGAUUGCUUGAAAAAUCGACGGAAUAUCUCCAUCGACGAUAUUGUAACGCUGCAAGCUAAGGAAAGAAUUUGCUUUACCAACCCGCCGCCAACCACCCCGUGGACUACAACACCAGCUCCGAAAUUAUGUCCUGACCUUUCAUGUUUCACCUGGAAUGCGCCACCAGCAUCGGAAAACUCUAAGUUGGUAUGCUCUUUCGGCCCUUUCCAGUCACCAGCAGCGUCGGGCGUUAGUUGGUGCACAAAAUGGGAGCGAAAAUUCAGUUGGCUUCGCCACCAAUUUGACAUUACUGAACGAGUGGCGGAUCUAUUUGCAGAGUCCAAAAACAUGCAGGCAGUUUCGAAAUGCUCUGUGGGAAGCUCGUCUGCCGGCACUGUCUUGGCAAAAGCUCUUUUGCGGACUCCUGUCAUUACCAUUGGUGCCUGUGCCCAUUACAAACUCACUUUUUCCUUACAAUUCUCGCACACACCGGUGAUUAGUUAUGAAGAGAUGGAUAGUUAUUUUUUGGAAGUCCGUAUCGGGAAAGGCAGUGAAUCUCGUAUUCCGGAUCGAGUAAUCUGGGGCAGCAGAGCGGAUUAUGAAGAGGGACAGAUAAGCAUGGGGAAUAACAAUGUCACUACAGAAUUUGAUACUGCGGAAAACGACAGUUUCACGCUAAACUUCGUAGCACAUCACAGCAACGGUUGUACAAUCAAAGGUCAAUCCAUAGCCAUCGAUGACAUAAACACGAUGAAAGCCGAGGAAACAGACUGCACAACCACCCCGCCACCAACCACCCCAUGGACAACAACACCAGCUCCGAAAUUAUGCCCUGACCUUUUUGUGCGCCAUCUGGAAUACGCCACCGGCAUCGGAAUCCUCAAAGUUGGUAUGCUCUUUCGGCGCUUCCCAGUCACCAGCAGCGUCGGGGCGUUAGUUGGUGCACAAAAUGGGAGCGAAAAUUCAGUUGGCUUCGUCACCAGUUCGAAAUUACACAACGAGAGGCCAAAAACAUGCAGGCAGUUUCGAAAUGCUCAGUGGGGACUUCGUCCGCCAGCGUUCAAGGGAAAGCUGUGCUGAGAACUCCAGUCGUUACAGUCGGACCAUGCGCCCGGUAUAAACUUACAUUCUUCCUACAAUUCUCCCGCACCCCGGUGAUUACUGACAACGAGAUGGAGAAUUAUUUUUUGGACGUCCGUAUCGGGAACGGUAGUGAAUCUCGUAUUCCGGAUCGAGUAAUCUGGGGCAGCAGAGCGGAUUACAUGGAACUGAUGGAAGGCAAUAUUAGCAUGGGAAAUUACACUGUGACCGCAGAAUUUGAUGUUGCGGAAAACGCUAGUUUCACGGUAAACUUUGUAGCACAUCACAGCAACCGAUGUGCAGUCAAAGGUCAAUCUACAGCCAUCGACGAUAUCACAACGCUGAAAGAAGCUGAGGGCGAAAUAUGCAAUACCGUAAGCACAACUGGAUCGGAAGAUACGACGUCUGCUGAUGGCUCGGAUGAAACGGAUGGAACAACAAAAGACUUGAUUUCGACAACAGACGCUUUCGAGACAAGCGAAAGUACUGCUGAUACCGUUGUAAUUGAAGAAACAACGAAUUUAGACACAGAUAAAAUCCGCAGACAUUCAUUGUCAGAGUUGUCACCGUAGUGUUUCGUGAAAUGGGAUGUGUGUCAAUGCAGCACGCACCAUCCAAUGGCAGUCGCUGUGGAAGUUGCUAACAAAGUUUUUUAUUAGUGUUUAUCGUUAACUGCACGCUUACCUUGGCAUAGCGAAUUUAUUACAGUAUAUAAUUGUUUAGGCAGGACUGCGACGGAAAUGUUGUAUGUUUGUAUGUUUUA